AGGCAGACUGCUUUUACAAACAUCUGUGAAAGACUGUGCAAUAAGUCAAUCUGUGAAAUUUCCUUGCUACUAAUUAUUCCACGGUCAACUGUUAGUGGUAUUAUAAGAAAGUGGAAGCAAAUGGGAACAACAGCAACUCAGCCACAAAGUGGUAGGCCACGUACAAUGACAGAUCAGGUUAGGCGCAUGCUGAAGCACACAGUGAGCAGAAGUCGUCAACUGUCUGCAGAAUCAUUAGUUAAAGACCUCCAAACUUUGUGUGGCCUUCAGGUGAGUACAACAACAGUGCGUAGAGAGCUUCAUGGAAUGGGUUUCCAUGGCCGAGCAACUGCACCCAAG